UGAACACGACAAUUUGAAGCGAAGAAGAAGAAAAAAAAAAGCUCUGUGUACUUCCGGUUAGCAAAAAUGGCUCAAGGCUCGCAGAAGUUUAAAGCUCAGCGGCCAGGAGGCUCCAAAAAACCCCAACAGAACAAACAGAAAGGACCGAAGAAAGGAGGGAGGAUCAUUGCACCGAAGAAAGCUCAAGUUGUUCAGCAACAGAAGCUGAAGAAGGGUCUAGAGGUUGCCAUCAGGAACAAGAUUGAGCAGGAGGUGACCCAGAGGGCAAGUUCAAAACUCCACAAGCCACUGAGUUUGGUCAAAGGGACAGACGAUAAAGGCAAACCAGGAGCUGCCAAGCCAGGAACCAGCUCCAAAUAGGACCCGAUGCAUGGCCACUCACCUGCCGACCUGAGGAUGACUGUGCUAGAUUUAAGGACUUAGUCAUGGUGUUGGUGACCUACAUUGACACCAUGACUCAUAUUGAAGAUACAUGCCAGCUGUCCUGUUGUUUCUGUAUCCUGAAUGUUCCUGAGGGCUCCUAGAAAUAGAUACCAAUGACCGGUACUUUAUUUUACAAAGAGUUAUGUAAAAUAAGAGAACAGAUAUUGUGAAUAUCUUGUGUGUGUCACUGGGCCAUGCAGGUUACAUAAACCUCCACUGGAGGGCACCACUGGACUUUAUUGACUCUUAUCUACUUUUUUUUUUUUUUUUUUUUUUUGCUGCUUUUUUGUUCUAAAAAUCUGAUAAAUUGAUUUCUAAAAUAAAUCUUGACGUUUAUAUUAC